GAGGAGGAGGAGGACGGCGACGAGGACGAGGACGGCGAGGAGCGCUUCCCGCCGCCGGGCCCCGGCCGCUCGGUGCCCCGGGGCCUGGCGCGGGGCGCGGGGAAGGUGGGCAGCAUCAAGCGGGACAUGACCUUCACGUUUCACCUGGAGGACCUGAAACGGGACUCGAGUAAAAAACUGUCUCACCAGCCCUGGUUCCCCUUGGCCAUGGAGGAGGACGGGAAAGCCGCCGACAGCAGGCCGGCCCCCCGCGCCCCGGACCACGACAGGGACAGCGCCCGCUCCGUCUGCCUCCUGGAGCAGAAGCGGAAAGUGGUCUCCUCCAGCAUCGACGUGCCCCCGGCAAGGAAGUCCUCGGAGGAACUGGACAUGGACAAGGUGACAGCGGCCAUGGUACUCACCAGCCUGUCCACGAGCCCUUUGGUCCGCAGCCCGCCCGUGCGGCCGAACGAGGGCAUGAGCGGAUCCUGGAAGGAGGGCGGUGCCGCGUCCAGCAGCUGCAGCAGCGGCUACUGGAGCUGGAGCGCCCCCAGCGACCAGUCCAACCCGUCCACGCCGUCGCCACCACUGUCCGCCGACUGCGCCAAGCCCUUCCGCAGCCCCGCGCCCGACGACGGCAUCGACGAGGCCGAGGCCGGCAGCCUGCUCUUCGACGAGCCCAUCCCCAGGAAGAGAAAGAACUCCAUGAAGGUGAUGUUCAAGUGCCUCUGGAAGAACUGCGGGAAGGUGCUGAGCACCGCGGCCGGGAUCCAGAAGCACAUCCGCGGCGUCCACCUGGGGCGUGCUGGGGAGUCUGACUACAGCGACGGUGAGGAGGACUUCUACUACACGGAGAUCAAGCUCCACACGGACGCGGUGGCAGACGGACUGGGCGGCCUGGCCCCGGCUUCGCCCUCCCAGUCCCUGGCUUCACCUCCCACCUUCCCCAUCCCGGACUCAAGCAGAACGGAAAGCCCUGGUGCCAAAGCCGAGACGAAACUGAUGACGCCCUUGAGCCGCUCGGCCCCGACCACCCUCUACCUCGUGCACACCGACCACGCUUAUCAGGCCACGCCCCCCGUGACCAUCCCAGGAUCGGCCAAGUUCACCCCCAAUGGCAGCAGCUUCAGUGUCUCCUGGCAGUCACCUCCAGUUACCUUCACAGGCAUUCCAGAAGCCCCGGGGGGAGGGCAAGAAGUGCCGGAAGGUGUACGGCAUGGAGAACCGGGACCUGUGGUGCACCGCCUGCCGCUGGAAGAAGGCCUGCCAGCGCUUCCUGGACUGAGGCUCCGCCACCAGGUUGUAGCCACCGGGUCAGGGCCACCGGGUCAGGGCCACUGGGACUGCGGAGCGUGGCCUGCCGUGGGGAGGAGGCCUCCGGAGCUUCCUGGACCGAGGGGUGCGGCCGUGGCCACAGGGCCGCCGGCCCGGCUCCACGGCAGCUUUGGGAAAGCUCUUCCUUCAGCAGAUCACCCGGAGCCGGGAAGAGCGUCCGGAGCCGUGGCGGGAUUCAGGAGAACAGGCCGCACGUCCGGCGCACACGCUCCCCGGGCACGAGGGGGUCCCUCCUCCUCGGCCGGGCGUCAGGUCUGGACGCUGGGGUCUCCGUGGCCCGGGGACCCACAGAGCCGUUUCCCUGGGAGGAGGCACAUUUCGAUGAGCUUCCCGAAGAAUGCCGUUGCGGGCGGGCGGGGUGGCGCCCGGGGAGCGCUGCAGGUGGCUCUGUGGCGUUUGUGUGAAGGCCAGGAUGUGCUUUCCUGGGCCUUCCCGGCCCCGGGGACUUCCUGGGCAGCUCCGCAUCCUCUCCGUGUCUUUCCUGCUCGUUUGCUUUGAAGAAUGGCCCCGCUGGGUGGAGUGUGGGCCCGCAGGCCCCAUGGCAGGUGGGAUCGCCGAGGGGACACCCGGACGUCUCCCGGGGACCUGGGGAGCCUUUCCCGGCUCCCCUGCGGCUCAGCUCAGCCCCACCUGGGGCGGGGAGGCCGGGAGCUGGUGCUCCUCCAGGACGUGCGGCUGGGGCCGCGGGCACGGCUCCUCCUGGGCCGGAGAGCCGCUGCCGGCGGACAGGGCACCGGCUUUCCCUCCAGCCUCCAUCUGUCUGUCUGAGGAAAGGUCCAGAACGCGAGCCGGCCCGCGGUUUGCUCCGGACGGGGGCACGGCCUCCGGGCCAUCUGUUGGGAGAGCCGAGAGGCCGGCAGACCGGCCGUGAGUGCACUUUGAUAGGGUUUAUGCUUUAGCGUGUCUGGGGGACAGGUCAGGAGCAGCCUACGCGCUUUAUGGGUAAGAGGGAAGAGACAAACCCGUGUUUUGCUUGU